UUCUGUUGUUUCACGUUUUUUUUCAAUCGAGGAAUAUGUGAAAAAUUGAUAUGAAACUAAAAAACUAUUUUGUUUUUCGGAUAUCGUCAAGGCAACAGACAGAUCAUUACGCCAUAGUAUAUAAAGCCAGCACGCUCCACGAGCGUCAGUUGACAACGAGCUUGCACAGUGAACAGACUUACGUCACUUCACAGCGAAUUUCUAAGCAGUUUCAACUGUCAGUAGCCUCAGGCUUUCACCUGUUCUACAUCAUUUCACCACUGUAUCUUGAAAGAGAUAUCGACAUGUGUACUUCCACUGUAUCCACCCGUUGUAGGACCCACUACCACGCAUUUUAUUGCCCAUGUGGAUGUGGUGGCAUAUUUAGAUCCAAAACUAAGGUAUCAAAUACAACGCUAACCACUAUGGCUUCAACGCUGUUUACCUUUGCUAAGAAUGUUCUAGAAAAACCUACGGUUAGGUCUAGAAUCCCUGUAGCAGUUAACGGGUGUCUCCGUUCUACUGUGAGGUCUCACUGCCCAGUAGUUGUAAUCCAAAGAAUACAUAAACCUAGUCGUAUUCCUGUUGCUACUAAAGCUUUGUAUGGUGGUGGUGAGGGGAGAAACGAAAGGGGGGAAAUUAUUGUGGCUGAUCCUCUGUGGAGGAUGAGGGGUAGGCGUGCUCGUAAAACACCUAUGCCUAGAUCUCUUUUGCGUUCUCCUUGGCACCCUAUCAGUUACAGGCACACUUCAAGAAGUGUUGCCGAUGCUUUGGAAAAGACAAAGUUGUAUGGCACCGCUAAGUUGUGUAGUGAGUUUAUACAUCCCAGUAGAACUGGUAGAAUUAUGGGAAGUAAAAGUAAGAAAGACAUGACAAAAGUUGCACCCUCUUCUAAAAGGCGCUCAGCCUUUACUAGAUUUGUAUUGAGAAUAUUUGGUAUGGGGUAAUAUGUUAGUACAAAUACCCCUGUUUGUAUAU